UGGGCCGGUGGUGACCGCCGGCCCUGCCUGCCGUUGGUUAUUAUGGAUUCAAUCAUUAUUCAGGAACGAUUAGUCGAGCGGCUGCUUUCUCCCAGGACUCAGCUCCAGAGAAGCCACUCGGUGAAGCUGAAGGACCAUGAAAAGCAGUAUGUGGGGUUUGCUACGCUGCCCAACCAGGUGCACCGGAAAUCCGUGAAGAAGGGCUUUGAUUUCACUCUCAUGGUGGCAGGAGAGUCGGGUCUGGGCAAAUCUACACUGGUGAACAGCUUGUUCCUGACAGACCUCUACAAAGACCGGAAGCUUCUCAACGCGGAGGAAAGAAUCAGUCAGACGGUAGAGAUUGUGAAACACACGGUGGACAUUGAAGAGAAGGGGGUGAAGCUGAAGCUAACGAUAGUCGACACUCCAGGUUUUGGAGAUGCUGUUAACAACACUGAGUGUUGGAAGCCUAUCACAGAUUACGUCGACCAGCAGUUUGAACAGUACUUCCGUGAUGAAAGCGGCCUCAAUCGGAAAAACAUCCAGGACAACCGGGUCCACUGUUGCCUGUACUUCAUCUCUCCGUUCGGCCACGGGCUGAGGCCGGUGGACGUGGAGUUCAUGAAGGCUCUCCACGAGAAAGUCAACAUCGUGCCCCUCAUUGCCAAAGCUGACUGCCUAAUCCCUUCGGAGAUCAAGAAGCUAAAAGAGCGGAUCCGGGAAGAGAUCGACAAGUUUGGAAUCAAAGUUUACCAGUUUCCGGAGUGCGACUCGGAUGAAGAUGAUGAAUUCAAGCAACAAGACAGGGAGCUGAAGGAGAGCGCUCCCUUUGCAGUCAUUGGCAGUAAUACAGUGGUGGAAGCCAAGGGCCAGAGAGUACGAGGGCGGCUCUAUCCCUGGGGCAUCGUGGAAGUGGAAAACCAAGCACACUGUGACUUCGUGAAGCUGCGGAACAUGUUGAUCCGGACGCACAUGCAUGAUUUGAAGGAUGUGACUUGCGACGUCCACUAUGAGAACUACAGGGCGCAGUGCAUACAGCAGAUGACCAGACCUGGAGAAGUAGAUCAAUGCAAGCUGACUCAGGACAACAGGAUAGAGAGCCCCAUUCCGAUUCUGCCUCUACCUACGCCAGAUGCGGAAACAGAGAAGUUGAUCAAAAUGAAGGACGAAGAGUUGCGGAGGAUGCAGGAGAUGCUGCAGAAAAUGCAGCAGCAGAUGCAAGACCAGUGAGAGGAGGCAGGCUGGGAGGACAAAGGGAAUCCGCCUCGCCACCACCAGCAGGUCAGCGGGAAUUGUGGACGCUCUAGGAAGGACUUUUCCCCGUGCACAAGGACUUGUGAGCAGGAGCGGCACCCUC